GCCGUUGGUUAGUAUAAUCGCGCCACGUUCUUUCGUUCUUCUCCGGACAACGCAAGAUGUCUCUCGAAAUUGCCAGCUUGAGAGCCGGUCUCCGCCGCCUCCCGGCCUGCCCCGCCGCCGCUCCGUCGCCGCCGCCGACGUUCCGCCGCCGUGGAGCUCCCAAUUCCUGCAGCCCGAGCCUCCGUCGCGCCGGAGCUCCUUCCCCGGCGGCGCGAGCCGCGAGGGCGGUCGUGGAGACGAAAGAGCGCGCGGCGACGGAGGCCGCCCCUAGCCCGCCGCCGGUGAGGAUCGUCGCCGUCGUCGGAGAAGGCGCGUCGAGCCCCCUCAAGGGCGCGACGUGGAGCGAGGUCAUGCUGCACACUGCAAAGAGACUGAAAUGGGUUGAUGAUGGAUUUGAAAUGCAUGUGUUUACAGAUAAUUUCUGCCAAUUUAAGGAUCAGGCAUCUGCAAAACUUCAGGAGGAACUGAGACAUGCGGACAUUUUGGUUAUCAUUGCGGUAACAAGUCAGGAAUCAGUCAAGUGGAUUGAGAGAAACAGCAAAAAUAUCCAGAACAUAAUUAGCUUCGAUUCAUCCCCAGGUUUAAGUAACAAGCUAGGUGGAUCAGUUGUUCAAACUGAAACAAAAGGGACCAUUUUUGGGAAACUGGUGGGAACAUUUGAAUCAAAGCAAACCAAAGAGACCAGUGAUGUGAUUGAAACAAUAUCGGAGGCCUGGAUGCGUCGCAAUUCUGAUGAUAUAAGGUUCUGUUUGUUGAUUGUAAUCAAUGCUUACAUAAGGCCAGUUCCAAUUCUAAAAAACCUGAGGUCAAAGGGUUUUUCUACAUUGAACUGCAUGGUGAAGAACUGCGGGCCUCAGAUAUUGAACUGCCUCCUGGAUCCCAAUUGUAGAAAGGCUCUUCAGUGCUUGAACCAAUGUAGUCCUGUGGAUCAGGUUUGCAACUACAGAUGUAUUGCAUCAUAUGAGAGCCCGAAUUUGGAAGCAUUUUCUUUGUGUGUUCUGCAGAAGAAUAAUUGUCUCGAGUUGGAUGCUGCAAUCCCUGAAAAACCAUACAUCCCUCCCAUGGUUAAGUUUCGAGGCGAGAACAUCUGCCACGAAUCUGCAGAAGAUCUCUUCGUGGGAUGGUUAGGUAAUCUUGAUUGGAGUUGGCGUGUUGUAGCUGGUCAAAACCCAGCUUAUGAUCAAUUCCCGUGCCAGUACCAGCUAUUUUACAGAGGAAAAGCGAAGGGGUCCUUUUGGUAUGAGCCAGUUUUUCAGGUGAGAACUCUGGAGGGAAAGAUGGUUUGGAGGAGGCGCAGGUACCGGGUCAAGAGAGGCAAGAUCCCAGGGACGUUUUACUUCAGUGUUUUGGACAAUGGAGUGGUUUCGAACGAGUUCUGGACUAUUGUCGAUGUGUCUGAUGAUCUCAGCUGGGGUUUGUUUCACUACAGUGGUGCAGCACGAGUCGCAGGGCAGUCCUAUACUGGUGCAGUGCUUGUGAGUCCAGAUGGGCAGUAUCCGAAGGAGACGGAUGAUGGUCGGCUAGCGUCGGCGCUCGAGAACUGUGGAAUAAAAGAUUGGGAGCUCUAUGCCGUCGACAACUGCUCAUGUCUUGAUCCUCCGCUCGGGAUACCGGAAGGUUCGAGCUUGCAUUGUGUGAUUCAAGUGGACAAGCCGAAGUUGUAGAAAGACAGCUGAAGCUGUAUCAGAAAGCCUUCUACAACAUUAUCAUAUUGUUGAAUAGAAUUAAUAGGUCUGUGGUAAGAUAUGUGGAUUUGGAUAUAUUAAAUGCUUUGAGGUCAUAUAAUACUGUAGAAUCAAUUUUUACAAAUAAAUCCUCAUUGCCUUCCCGGGUCAUACA